CCGUUUAAGUCAUAUUCCCUGUUUUCUUUUUUUGGGAGGGGCGUGCUUUUUUUCUCAGUUUACCAAAAGGAGAAAGAGAUUGGGUUCUUGAUUUGUUGUUCUUUCUUUAUUAUUUCUCUUUUCAAUUUAUUUAUGCUCCUCUACUAGGGUUAUAGCCACUGCGCUAGGGUAAUCUUUAAUCAAAAUCUUUUUCUGCUCAUCCUCUUCUCAUUAUCUUUCUAGGGUUUCUCUGUCAUCUUUCAAUUCUUUUUUCUGGGUAUCCAAGAUUUCAGCACCCUUCAGUUGCAAUUUUCUGUUUUUUUUCCCCUCAUUCUCUCUUCUAUUACUCUUGCACAUAAAGGUAUAUGCAAAUAUGGUGAGAGGAAGGACUCAGAUGAAGAGAAUAGAAAACGCAACCAGUAGGCAAGUAACCUUUUCAAAGAGAAGAAAUGGGCUCCUCAAGAAGGCCUUUGAGCUUUCAGUUCUCUGCGAUGCUGAAGUUGCACUUAUCAUUUUCUCUCCCAGGGGAAAGCUCUAUGAGUUCUCCAGCUGCAGUAUUAACAAGACCAUAGAGCGGUAUCAGAAGAAAGCCAAGGAUCUUGGAAUCAGUAUCAAGGCAGUUCAAGAAAACAUGCAGAAUGGGAAGGAAGAUUCGUUUAGCUUGGCAAAGAAGAUCGAGCUUCUUGAAAUUUCUAAAAGAAAACUCCUAGGUGAUGAAUUGGAACCAUGUUCCAUUGAUGAGCUACAGCAGUUAGAGAAUCAGCUGGAGCGAAGCUUAACCAGAAUCAGGACAAGAAAGAAUCAGCUGUUCAGGGAACAGAUCGAGAAGCUAAAGGAAGAGGAGAAAAUCCUGAUAGAAGAAAAUACAAGGUUGCGGGCCAAGUGUGGGUUGCAACCAUUGGACUUAUCAACAACACAAGAGAAGCAACAAAUAGCAGACGGAGAAAGCAUGGAGGUGGAGACAGAAUUAUUUAUAGGUCCACGUCCACCCGAGACACGAACUACCCAAAAACUAUAGAAAGUUUCACUUAAAUACAAAGCUCAUCUUUUGAUUUGCAUCUAACUGAAAUAAUUUUGCCAAAAUAUAUGCCAUAAAUGUAACCAAAGGAGUUGAAUUGAGCCACAAAAAACUAUAAUAUAAGUGAGUAAAACAACUUGUGUGUGAGUAUCUAUGUUAUGGUAUGAAAGUGUUAUAAUAUUAUUCUCAAAACUUGGUGCUUC